ACGGGAAAUCAGAAAACAACAUAUUUUUUCGUUUUUCGGUUUUGUAAUUACAAAAUUCAUCAGGUUUUACGUUUUCAUAUAAAAUCAGUACGAAUAAACUGCUAGCUGAAGUGAAGGUUAAUGAUUUGAUAUCUUUUUAAGUUUUGCUGGUAGGGCAGGUUGCUUGAUAAUCUGCCACGGUUAAACUUGAUCACAUUUUGCUGCGUGCACAGCUGCAGGGAACCAAAAAGAUUGAACAGAGCUGUUGCCAUCGUGGGACGGAGAUUUCCGAUUGCUGACUGGUGUCUGCUAGUACAAUGGAAGAAGGUUCUGGCGAUCAGAUGUUCGAAGAGGAAUACUAUGAAAACAGCGAUCCGGGAUCAGAUGGUGACUACGAUGCAGAGGGGGAUGGCGACGCGGAUUUCAACAGUUUUGAAAAUCCACAAGCCAACCCCGAGGGGUUUCCUGUUCUGCGGAUUAGCGAUCAUAUGCGACCACCGAAGAUCCGUCCCGUAAAUCCCGUCCUGCCAGACACCGUGACAAUGCUCGAGCAUGCUCCUUCCGGUGGUAGAGUUUAUAUUGUGGGAACCGCGCAUUUCGGAGAAAAAAGUCAGGAAGACGUCGCUCUGACGAUUCGGACGCUCACUCCGGAUUUCGUGAUUCUGGAACUGUGUCCAGAACGGAAAGCCAUUUUAACUGUAGAUGAAGAUGCAGCCCGAAGUGAACCGACCAUGGAAGACUUGAAUUUAAUGGCCAAACAGAUCGGCUUUUCACAAGCUGUUAUGCAAUUUUUCUUGCUAAAAUUAUCAGCGCAUUGCACAAAGAAAUUAGGGAUGAUUCCGGGUGGUGAAAUGCGCUCUGCAUAUCGGGAAGCUGUGAAAAACCCCGACUGCAUGGUAUUGCUCGGUGAUCGACCAAUCAGCAUUACGCUGAAACGUGCCUUUGGUGCCUUAUCAUUAUGGCAAAAAAUCCAGUUUCUCUGGGUAAUUAUGAGGGAAAUGCGAACGGAUAUCAGCCAGGAAGAUGUGGAAAAAUGCAAAAGCAGCGAUGUUUUGGAGGAGUUGAUUGAUAAAUUAUCCGCGGAGUUUCCCACGUUGCAUCGCGUGCUGGUACACGAGCGGGAUUUAUUUUUGGCGCAGGUGUUGAAGAAUUCCGUGUCGAAGAUGGUCAUGACCACGGAAGGUCCACAGGGCAGUGUGACGGUGGGCGUCGUGGGAAUAGGCCAUGUCCCGGGAAUUAAAAGAGCGUGGAGCAACGAACUGCUUUCGCACGACGAACUGAGAAAUCUUUUGGCCAUCCCGCAGCCGUCCCGAUUGCAAGUUUAUACUUCCAGGAUAGUUAUGGUGUCGUCGCUGUUGUUAUGUGGAUAUGGGGCGUAUCGUGGUGGGAGAUUUCUGUUUAGUCGACUUCGUCCAUUGAAAUUUAAAAUGAUUAUCUUGCCGGUAUUAAUUCUUGUGAUUUCUGCGGUACAUUCCGCCGUUGUUCCAAAUCAUGUUCACAACAAAAAUAUAAAGCAUCAUAAUUUACAUUCGGACAACGGAACUAUUCCCACCCAGGUUCAUCUUUCUUGGGACGGCGAUGCAACGCAUAUGGUAGCAACAUGGAGUACACCGGAAAAUUGCGCAACCAUCGUUCAGUAUGGACAGGACAAAUCCAGUCUGAAUCUGCAGGUUCAUGGUCACGAAACCAGUUUCCGCACCGGCGAUUAUUAUCAAUGCGAACAAUUUAUUCACCGAGCAAUCCUGGUUGACAUGAUCCCUGGAACGGUGUACUAUUAUCGAGUGGGUGAUGGAAAACAGUGGAGUAAGAUUUUUAAUUUCCGUGCCUUGCAAUCUGGAGAAAACUGGAGUCCUCGUUUUGCUAUAUAUGGCGAUUUCGGCUAUGAUAACGCUCAGUCACUGGACCGAUUGACGAAAAUUGUCAACAACGGCGAGAUUGACAUGAUUAUCCAUGUUGGUGAUUUUGCUUACGAUAUGCAGAAUGACGAUGGUCGUGUUGGAGACGCCUUUUUACAGUUAAUUGAACCGGUAGCAGCGUAUGUUCCAUAUAUGACAGUUGUCGGUAACCAUGAGGAAUACCGCAACUUCACGAAUUAUAAAAAUCGGUUUACUAUGCCGGGAAGUGAAAACGGAUUUUAUUACCGGAUCACCGUUGGUCCGGCCAAUUUCGUUGUCUUCUCCACGGAAUUCUACUUCUACGUGUACUACGGGAUGUGGCAAAUCGAGAAACAAUACAGCUGGCUGGAACAUGAACUUCGGUGGCUAAAUGAUCCGGAAGUACGGGAAAGUGCUCCGUGGAUUAUCACUCUUGGACACCGGCCAAUGUAUUGCAGUAACGACGACAAGGAUGACUGCACAAUGCACGAGAGCAUAAUUCGCACGGGCAUGCCGAUACUGCACACGUGGCCAUUAGAGAAACUGUUUUAUCGAUACGGAGUGGACAUGUGUAUUUGGGCGCAUGAGCAUAGCUACGAGCGGUUGUGGCCGGUUUAUGAUCGAAAAGUUUACAAUGGUUCAAGUAAUCCCGAUAAUGCUUACGAAAAUCCGAACGCUCCCGUGCACCUUACUAGCGGUUCGGCGGGUUGUAAGGAAAAGCACGAUAAUUUUAUAAAUCCGGAAGCAUGGAGUGCAUUCCGAAAUAACGACUACGGUUUCAUGGUGAUGCAAGUUAUUAAUAAAACGCACAUCGUUACAGAACAAGUAUCGGAUGAUCAGAGCGGGACCAUCAUUGACAAGAUUACAAUUGUGAAAAAUACUCACGGACCAUACACACAAAAUAAGCCUUAGACGAAACUGCAAAUGCACUUUUUUAUGCGAGUUGUUACUUUGUCCUACGUUUUACAAAGCAUGACAGUAUUCUUUUUUAGCCUGAAAUUAUCAUUCUGACUGUGAUUAAACAUUUUCGAUUAAUAUCAAUUAUCAAAUA